AUGGAGGUCAAGAUUGCCCCAGGGGCCCAGGAGCCACAAGGCCAGCAGACGCUGGGCAUCCCGACGUAUAUCCAGCUCACCUGCACACCAGCUGGGGGACACAUGGAGGAUGAAGUGAAUAAAGAAGCAUUCUUAAAGACCCGACUGAGGGAGUAUGGACUGAUCACACCCAUCAGCACGGACUCCGAGGGCCACUUCCUGUCACAUCUCCUCUCGGCCAAUCACAAGAGGCGUGUGAGAAGAGACGCACAGGGAGGCUCUGGAAGGAAUGCAGAGCAGCUGUUCUACAACAUCACGGCCUUCGGGAGGGAGUUCCACCUGCGGCUGCGGCCCAACCGCAGGCUGGUGGCACCGGGCACCACGGUGGAGUGGCACGAUGAUGCCGGGGAGUUCGGCAAUGGCAACGGUACCGGCGCAGAUCGCCAGGAAAAGCGCAAUGUCAGCACAGAGAGGAUACUGAGGAAGGAGCCACUCAGAACAGACUGUGCUUUUAUCGGGGGCAUCAGCGACCUCCCAGGAGCCUCUGCUGCCAUAAGCAACUGCGAUGGCCUGGCUGGUCUGAUUCGCACUGGCUCGGAUGAAUACUUCAUAGAGCCACUGAACAGGGGGUCACAGGAGCUGGAAGAGAGUGGGAGAGUCCAUGUAGUUUACCGAAGAUCAGCGAUUCUACAAUCCCAUUCAGACUUACCGACAGACUACCAGCCUGCAGAGCCAGAGGCUGAUAUCCACGGAGCACUGGACAGCAUAGGCCAGCAGGUGAGCGAGGCAGUGAGGAAGCGCAGGCAUGCGGGGGAGAACAACUACAACAUCGAGGUGCUGCUGGGGGCGGAUGACUCCGUUGUGCGGUUCCACGGGAGGGAGCACGUCCAGAACUACCUGCUCACCCUCAUGAACAUAGUGAAUGAAAUUUACCAUGAUGAGUCACUGGGUGUCCAUAUAAACAUUGUCCUCGUGAGAAUGAUCAUGCUUGGAUACACAAAGUCUGUCAGCCUCAUCGAGAGAGGGAACCCCUCGCGGAGCCUGGAUAAUGUCUGUCACUGGGCGUUCCUCCAGCAGAAGGCUGAUCCACAGCACCCCGAGCACCACGACCACGCCAUCUUCCUCACCCGCCAGAGUUUCGGCCCCACCCUCAUGCAAGGAUACGCCCCAGUGACAGGGAUGUGCCAUCCUGUCCGGAGCUGCACCCUCAACCAUGAAGAUGGCUUCUCCUCCGCCUUCGUGGUGGCCCACGAGACCGGACACGUGCUGGGGAUGGAGCACGAUGGGCAGGGGAACCGCUGUGGUGAUGAGACGGCGAUGGGCAGUGUGAUGGCCCCCCUGGUGCAGGCCGCCUUCCACCGCUACCACUGGUCCAUCUGCAGUGGCCAGGAGCUCCGGAGGCACAUCCACACCUAUGAAUGUCUACUUGAUGAUCCCUUCAACCAUGAUUGGCCUGUACUCCCUGAGCUCCCUGGAGUCAGCUAUUCGAUGAAUGAUCAGUGUCGGUUUGACUUUGGAGUGGGGUACAAAGUCUGUACAUCGUUCCACACGUUUGAACCAUGCAAACAGCUCUGGUGCAGUCACCCGGACAACCUUUACUUCUGCAAAACUAAAAAAGGCCCCCCCUUGGACGGGACCGAGUGUGCACCAGGGAAGUGGUGCUACAAAGGCCACUGCAUGUGGAGGAAUGUGGACCAGGUGAGGCAGGAUGGGAACUGGGGGUCCUGGGGCUCGUUCAGCUCCUGCACUCGAUCAUGUGGGACUGGAGUGCAGUACAGAACCCGCCAGUGCGACAGCCCCAGACCCGCUAACGGAGGCCAGGACUGUCCCGGGGUAAACUACGAGUACCAGCUGUGUAAGACCGAAGAGUGCCCCAAUCAGGCUGAGGACUUCCGGGCGCAGCAGUGCCAGCAGCACGACUGGAGCUUCGAGUUCCAGGGCUCCAGGCACCACUGGCUGCCGUACGAGCAUCCCGACUCAAAUAAAAGAUGUCACCUGUACUGCCAAUCAAAAGCAACCAGGGGUGUGGCUUACAUGAAGCAAUUGGUGUACGAUGGAACACAAUGUUCCUAUAAGGAUAACUACAGCAUCUGUGUACGGGGGGAGUGUCUGAAAGUAGGCUGUGACAGAGAAAUUGGUUCAAACAAGGUGGAAGAUAAGUGUGGAGUGUGUGGAGGAGACAACUCUCACUGUAGAACUGUCAAAGGAACAUUCACCCGCACUCCCAGGAAAGCUGGGUUGCUAAAGAUGUUCCUUAUCCCGCCUGCCGCUAGACAUGUGACGGUGCAGGACCACGAGCCUUCUCCUCAUAAACUGGUGAUCAAGAACCAAGCGACAGGACAGUAUAUCCUGAAUGGGAAAGGAGAGGAGAGAUCAAGGAGCUUCAUUGACCUGGGGCUGAAGUGGGAUUAUACCCGCGAAGAUAACAUCGAGACACUGCACACAGACGGACCUCUGCCUGAUGCUGUGGUUGUCAUGAUUUUACCUCAGGACAUUGAGUCAAGAUCUACUUUGAUGUAUAAGUAUGUUGUACAUGAGGACUCUGUGCCGAUCAACAAUAACAACGUUAUUGAGGAAGAGGCUUAUGAGUGGGCUCUGAAGAGCUGGUCGGAGUGCUCCAGACCCUGUGCGGGAGGUUUACAGUACGCUAAGUACGGAUGCCGUAAAAAGGGUGACAGCAGCAUGGUUCACCGGAAUUACUGUGAUGAGAGCAGGAAGCCCAAGCCAAUCCGCCGGAUGUGCAAUCUGCAUGACUGCGCACGUCCACAGUGGAUGGCAGAUGAGUGGGAGCACUGCACAAAGUCCUGUGGAGGUUGGGGAUAUCAGGUCCGCACGGUUCGCUGCGUCCAACACCUCCACGGCGGCACCAGCCGCUCUGUUCACAGCACCUACUGCAGCAGAGAAAAGCCAGAGAGCCAGAGGCCCUGUAAUAGGAUACCCUGCCCUGCUCAGUGGGUCACUGGGCCUUGGUCACAGUGCUCCGUGUCUUGCGGGGAGGGGGUUCAGCGCCGGCUGGUGACGUGCCGCAUCAGAGACCAGUGUUACGGGGAGAGACCCCAGGCUACGAGGCCAUGCGUGCUCGGCCCCUGUGGCAGUGAAGCCUGUGUCAAGGAUAAGUCGAUAUUCUGCCAGAUGGAGGUUUUAGUUCGAUACUGCUCCAUUCCGGGCUACAACAGGCUCUGCUGUGUGUCCUGCAGCAAGCGUGGCCGGCCUCUCCCUGCCCUGUCCUCUGCAGCAGCGGUCGAGGAGGAGUUGAGCUUCAGGUCAGCCCAUGCUUCCGGACCAUCAGACAGCACCUCUUCUCCCAUUGGCUGCAGUGGUGCCUCCAGAAGACCACAAACCCAAAUCCCCGACCAUACUGCUGCUCUUAGCCCCCAGAGAGUGACCCCGCUGGAGAGGAACACACACAAGAGCACUGUGACCAAUGGCAAUGGAGGCCCAUUAUAUUCUCCCAUGGUCGCGGCCCAAGAUGGACCAUUCCCAAAGCACAGCAACAUGACAGCCCCAACGCCUGCAGACGCAGCUCUGCUGAGGCCAGAGCGACUCGGGGAGAGGCCACGGUCUGCUGCAUCCUCCACAGCGGAGACAUGA